AUGGAAAACAAACAUUUGAGUCUCGAUGAUGCUUUUCAGAUUAUUGAAGAUCUACAAAAGCAGAUAGAAGAGCUCGAAGCUGCAAGCCAUGAAUAUGAGACAGAGCUCGAAGGAGUUGUGAAGAAACUAGAAUCGCAAUUAAACGAGAAAGACGCGUUUAUAGCUUCCUUACAGCAGGCACAAAUGCCAACGGGUGGCUUCAAGGAACGUUUGACAGUACUUGAGAUCCAGGUAGAUGAACUCGAAAGUGAAAACUACGCUCUUAGGAGCAGGCUAAAGUUAUUAGAAGCUGAAAACGACUCAGUGAUAGAACAGAAUGUUCUUCUUCAACACGAACUUGCAGAUGUACGGCAAGGCACAAAACCAAGCAUCGAGACACCGAAAGCGGACAGCUUAAUAAACGUAUCAAAUCCACCCAAUAGGACAUGUUCAACUCACAGCUCGAGAUCUUCAAAUGCUCUCAAAGUCAGCAGCAACCAAAACUCUUUGCGAGUUUCUCCUCGUAACGCCCGCGCGGAUACGAGUGCUACACACUUAAGCAGUACGAGCGUAGUAUCUACAACAAGUUACAAGUGA